GGAGCCUGCACAUAUUUCCUUCUCCGUCUGCGGGCUACAGGUAGUUUCACUGUUUGGCUGCUUCACUGCUACACCUGCAGCAUACGGGGAAUCGCAGCCACUGGACACCAGGAGCAAUAAGGGGGUAACACUAUGUCAGUCCAACUUCUCCAAGGAAGCCCUGAACCUCCACAGGAAGAGGAAUAUGAUGACUGGUACAUUGAUGAACCCCAAGAACCAGAAAUACCACCACAUGAAAUUAUCCCGGAAUGUGACCUGACGUUGCCAGAUGGACUAUAUCAUCUCGUCCUGGCACCUGUGUCUCUCUGUGCUCUCCUCCUUCUUUCCUUCCUGGUUCGUCGCAAAAAGCUCUGCAGAUCCUGUUGCUGGGGGGUCCCGGGUGUUCUCAGUCCCCUGAACCUUCUGGAUGAUUCUGGAAACAGGUGGAUUCCAUGUGCAGUGUUUGGUCUACUCUUUUCUUCUCUCUGCCGCCUGCUGUUGGACCCCACAUUCCUCAACUUCUUUCCAGAAAUUUAUGGCGCACACCAAGCACUGUGGAAAAUUGUAGCCCUUUUCUAUUAUCCUGCUCUAUAUUACCCGCUGCUGGCAUGCCAAAACGUACAAGGGGCAGUUGGGUGUUUAGUGGGGACGAUCCUAUCCUGGCUUCACUGUGCAGCACUGAUCUGGCAGAAAGUAGAAUGUCCACAAACUCCACAGUUUUACAGAUACUAUUCCCUGCUCUCCACUGUGCCCCAGAUCUGCUGUCUGAUUGUGCUAAGUGUUGGGUACCCUGCUUUGCUGCUGAAUAACCUGCGCAAGCCCUUCCAUUCUCAACAGAAAACACGCAGAAAUUAUUACUUGAAAUAUCUUAGCAGCCUUUUGAGACGGAAACCUAACAGCAGUAAGAACUUUGUCACCAGUGGUUCCCAAGUGUCACACACACUCUUCUCCUAUCUAUAUCCUCCAAACACAGAUUUCCACUUAUCGUUACCUUCUGUCCUUGCCAUAACUGUGUCUGUAUUUUCUGCAUAUCAGGUGGCUCUCCUACUGUUGGUUAUUUUUCUCCCCACUGUGCAGAAGAUCCGCGGAGCUAUUAAUGCAGAAUUUAUCCUCAUGCUGGCUGGCUUUGGUUUGACAGUGGAUGAUGACAAAUCUAGAGCCGUGGAAUACAUUGUGUAUUAUAUCUGGGUAGUGGAAGUGUGUUAUAUUGCUGCCCUGGUUCUGUCGUGUGUUAUGACAAUCGUCAUGCUGCUGAGGUCACUGGUCAAGCACAGAUGGGCCAUGCAGUCUCUGUGCACUGGUCAGUCUUCCUUGGUUUUCCUGCAAUCUCGCUCUCUCAGCCCUACGUCAUGGAUACUUUCCAGCUGGAUGAGUCACAUCAGCUACCAGGCCGCGUUCACGUGUUUAGGUCUCAUCCUCCAACAUGCACUGCUGUUCCUUGUUCACCUGUAUGUUACAUUUUUAAUAAUUAUCCCAAUUGUUUAUGGAAAGUUCCAGAUUACCCUUCACAUCCUGGAAAAUACAUGGCCAUUCUGGCUCCUUCUCUUCCUGGUGACAGUCAUGCAGUACCUCUUCUCGCGGUUCCUGUUCCUAAGAGGACAGCCAGCUCAGAUCCAUAACAGGAGAUGCCUCUUCCUGCUCACUUACCUCCUGCUCUUAGUGAAUUUCCUUCGGGGGGGUCUGGUAUCACUUGCCCGCCUUGUGGUCUCCAUCGUCUUUAAUGUGAUCCACUUCUGCCGGUUAGACCUGAGUCUGCUGCAGCACAGUGUGCAGAGCUGGGACCCAGGUUACAGAAAUUAUUGCAAUUUUUUGUUGCUGGAGGUUAGUGAAUGCCAUCCUUUGGUCCAAGCCUUCUGUCUACUACUCAAACCCCAGAAAGGGAAACAGCCUGACCUCGAGGAGGGAAUCCACUUAAUGCCCUCAGAUGGUCGAUAUCAAAAGGGUGGACGCUCUCAACUUGCCAGAGCGCGCUGGAGUCUGGCUUACACCCUUAUCAACAACCCUUCCCUCCUAUCACAAAGAGUAUCCACCUGCAGCAAUGGAGCCACCUUUCUGCGACCGACGUAGCAUUCAUACACCUUACAAUGAUGAUAGUCUACCUCCUCCCUUUUGCAUACACCUGCAUUGGCAGGAAGGGGUGCCGUGGGAGCUAGCUGAUACCUUUAUUUUUUAUAGCUUAGUAAAGUAUAUUUCUCCAAGAAUA